AUGGCAGGAAAGCGCAAGUCCGACGUCAGACCUAACGCCUCAGAGGAUGAGGCUUCUCGGGCACCUAAAGCCAGUCGUACCGCAGCUCUGAGCCCCGAAGUUGUCAGCCCGGACCACAGAUCUGGCGAGACUGCCGACUUUAUCCCACUGCCACCGCUGUCACAGGUCUAUGGAGUGGAUGAAGAUGAUGACCAAGCUGCCGAUGUUGUCCAGGGCUCCCAAGAGGUGGAUGAAUCUUCUUUGACAACUUACAUUCUCUAUGGUGUUGUAUCUACACAGAUCGUCGGUGUCCGCUUCUAUAGAGGCUAUGCGAAUCCUCAUGAACGUGUCAUUAUUAAUCGUGAGGCGAAUAACCAGUAUGAUCGCAAUGCCAUCAGGGUUGAUAACGUUAUGGGCGCCCAAAUUGGUCACAUCCCAAGGCAAAUGGCGGCCAAGCUAGCAGCUUACAUUGAUGCUCGCGAUCUCAUUGUUGAAGGAACAUUGACUGGAGAGAUUGGAAGCUACACCUGCCCAGUGGAUCUAAAACUGUUUGGAAGCUGUGAUCCAACCCAACGAGCCAACCUGAAGAAGCGAAUGCAAAAUGAUAGAUUGCCUAUCCGUCAACUGAAUGAGAGGGAGCGCGAGGAGCGCAACGGAGAAAAGCAAGCCGAGAAACAGCGGAAGGAAGACGCAAAAAAAGCUCGUGCUAUGGCUCUGGGGAAAGCUGCGGGCUGGGAAGCCGACCAGAACUCAGAUUUCUCGAAUCUCUCAACUCCGAGUGGGCUUGGUGGAGAAAAUGAGAGUUUGGACAACCUUCUUAACCAAAGCACAACCUUUAAUCCAAGAGAUAUUGACCAGGUUGUAGAAACUUUUGGUCAAAAGGAGUCCGAUCUGGUGAAUAUGCCAAUGGUGGACACUCCCGCCGGCCUUUCCACGCAGUUGCUUCCAUACCAACGCCAGGGACUUGCCUGGAUGAUCAAGCAAGAAUCGCCGAGUCUUCCUGCACAUGGCUCCAGUGAUAUUGUUCAGCUGUGGAAGCGUAAGAAUUCCGAUUUCCUCAACGUUGCCACCAACUAUUCCACAUCUACAGAGCCAACUCUCGCCAGUGGUGGUAUUUUGGCUGACGACAUGGGCUUGGGCAAGACGAUUCAGAUUAUUUCUUUGAUUCUCGCCAACUCCAAGUCCCUCUCCGCAAGCUCCUCCAAGUCCACCUUGAUUAUUGCACCUGUCGGUGUCAUGAGCAACUGGCGAAACCAGAUCCAUGAUCACACCAAUCCCGAGACCGCACCGAAUGUUUUGAUCUAUCAUGGAUCUGGGAAGAAAGAGGCUGCGAAUUUGGCCAAAUACAAUGUUGUCAUCACCAGUUAUGGAGCUUUAGCCAAGGAGUUUGAUCCCACUGCGAAAGGUCCACCGGCCAAGGGUAUUUUUUCGCUUCAUUGGCGCCGUGUUGUACUGGAUGAAGGUCAUACUAUCCGCAAUCCCCGUUCCAAGGGUGCACUCGCGGCCUGUGGCUUGAGGGCCGAUUCUCGCUGGACACUGACUGGCACGCCUAUCAUAAACACUCUGAAGGACUUGUAUUCCCAAAUCCGCUUCCUUAAGUUCUCUGGUGGCUUGGAGGAUCUUGGAAUGUUCAACAGUGUUUUAAUUCGUCCUUUGAAUGCAGGAGAGCCCGAGGCCCGUUUACUUCUCGAAGCUCUCAUGAGCACAAUUUGUCUGCGCCGCAGGAAAGACAUGGCAUUUGUCAACUUGAAAUUGCCGGAAAUGACUUCUCGCAUCAUUCGAAUCAAAUUCAACGCCCACGAACAGGAGAAAUACAGUGCAUUCCAAGCCGAAGCCCAAGGCGCUCUCCUAGACUUCAAGGAGAAAGAUGGAAAGACCAAAUAUUCUCAUCUUUUAGAGGUUAUCCUUCGUCUCCGUCAAGUCUGCAACCACUGGGCACUUUGUAAGAACCGCAUUGAUAAGCUUAUGAACAUUCUAGACGAACACAAAGUGGUGCCUCUGACCCCGGAGAACGUUAAGGCGCUACAAGAUAUGCUGCAAAUCCAGAUUGAAAGCCAAGAACUAUGCGCAAUCUGUCUAGAUAACCUCGAGCAACCUGUCAUAACCGCAUGUGCCCAUUCCUAUUGCCGGGGCUGUAUUGAACAAGUCAUCGAACGCCAACGAAAGUGUCCUCUUUGUCGGGCAGAUAUCACGGAUACCAACACCCUUGUUUCCCCAGCUGCCGAACUUGGUGAAGACAGUGAAACCGUUGAGGCUGAUCCGGACAGCCCUAGCAGCAAGAUCGAGACCUUGGUCAAGAUCCUGACUGCUAAGGGUCAAGCACCGGGCACCAAGACUGUCGUAUUCAGCCAGUGGACCUCGUUCCUGAACCUCAUCGAGCCGCAUCUCCAGCAAUGCGGCCUCAAGUAUGCCCGCGUAGACGGCAAGAUGAAUUCGGUAAAACGGGACAAUUCAAUCAACGCCUUCUCAAACGAUCCCGAGUGCACUGUUCUCCUUGCCAGUUUGAGCGUGUGCAGUGUCGGUCUCAAUCUGGUUGCUGCUAAUCAGGUUAUUUUGUCUGAUAGUUGGUGGGCGCCGGCUAUCGAGGAUCAGGCUGUGGAUCGGGUCUACCGUCUUGGACAAAAGCGGGAGACGACUGUGUGGAGACUGGUCAUGGAGGAUAGCAUUGAGGAGCGAGUUUUGGCGAUACAGGAGCGAAAGAGAACCCUUAUGCUUGCUGCUUUCCGCGAAACAGCCAAGAAGAAGGCUGAGGAUAGAGCUACUCGUGUUGCAGAUCUUGAGUCUCUUUUACGGUGA